GGUGCUCGAAUUCAUGCUACGAUAAGGAUGUCGCAGAUGGCUAAAUAUAGACAACUUCUUAAGGAGCGAAGUUUGUAUGCUGUCCGACGUUUCAUUGUUGCAAUUGAUGGAAAGAAGUGUAGGACAACGGAUAAUAAGUUUAAGAUGAUAUUUUAUGAAAAGACAGAGGUUAUCUAUUACGAGGAUGAUGCAUUUCCUAACCAUGUGUAUAAGUUCAAGGGAUUUGAAUCAUUGUUGAAUGCGAGAAUAAUUGAUGAGAGUGAGCUUUUUGAUGUUAUUGGACAGGUUGUUUCAAAGAAAGCGGUUCGAGAAGUGAUGUAUCAGGGAAGACCUCACAGAUUGAUAGAGGUCACUUUGCAGGAUCCAAGGUUGAAUCAAUUGUCAUGCACGUUUUGGGAUAACUUUGUUGAUCAAAUUCUUCCAUAUAUAGGCGAUGAUCAGACUGAACCGGUCAUUGUGACUUUACAGUUCUGUCGGGCAGGAAUAUUCAGAGGUGAACCAAAAAUAUCAACCAACUACAAUGUCACGCGUGUUGUCAUUAAUGGAGAUGAUGUUGAG